AAUGAAAAUUGAAGGCCAUGAAAGAUGAAAGAAGGAGAGGAGUAGUCAUGUUUUUAAUGCAAUCCUCUUUGUCAUUACUCACUUUGUUUUCUUUCCCUUUAAAAUCUCUCUCUCUCUCCCUCUCACACUCACAAAAGUGUCUCCCUUAUUUUCAGGCACUUCUCUACUAUAAUAAUUUUUAAUUUUUGAUUUAGCAAAAAAAAAAACCAUUUAAAAAGUAGUAGAGACCUUCUCUUUCAACUAGAAGCCCCUUAAGCCAUGUCUUCCUCUUCCUUGCUACUUCUUCUCUUCUCUCUUCUAUCUCUGUUCCUCAAUGUCUCACUCGCAGACAAUCACACGGCAGUUGUUAUUACGACCUCAGCCACCCCGCCGUCGCCACUUCCUCCGCCUUCUCCACCACCACGGCAUAACUUAACUUCUUCUUUCAUGCCCGGGAUCGCCGUUGUCAUCGCCGUCCUCACCGCGUUUUUCUCUCUCACUUUCUUGCUCCUCCUCUACGUCAAACACUGCAAACGAAGAAACGGCGGCGUUUACGUUAAUCACCACCAGCGUUUCGCAAUCUCUAGAUACGGAGGAGGAGGGUAUGGGUAUUACGGCGGUGGUGGAGUAGUACUAGGGAGGAAAAACUCCGGUAUAGACCGGUCCGUGAUCGAAUCUUUACCGGUUUUUCGGUUUGGUGCAUUGAGCGGUCACAAAGACGGUUUAGAGUGCGCCGUGUGUCUCGCUCGGUUCGAACCGACGGAAGUGCUGAGGCUACUGCCGAAAUGCAAACACGCCUUCCACGUGGAGUGUGUUGACACGUGGCUCGACGCUCACUCCACUUGCCCCCUUUGCCGUUACCGGGUCGACCCGGAAGACAUACUCUUGAUCGGUGAUUGUAACUCCUGGUUCGAGCUCCGUUUCUCUAACCGCCAAGAAGAAUCCAACAGUACCGGUUUAACCCGGUUUGUUCCGGUCACUCGAAUCUCCGGUCGUCACUCAUCAGCUGGUGAACGAGCGAGUCGACUCAACGAGAUUAAAGCGUCCUCGUCGUCUAAAACGAAUCCGACGUCGUUUCGGAGAUCACUCGAUAGCUCUUUAAAAGUUAACACCGGCGAGGAGAAAUCGGAACCCGUCGCAGUUGAUCGGGUACAGAGAAAAGACGGACUGUUGUUAAUUCCGAAUCGGGAGAGCUUGGAGGGGAGAUUCGAGCACCGGAUAAUAAUCUCCGGCGGGAAUCGAGACGAUCAGAGGUGGAGCGAGGUGAGGCCGUCGGAUCUUUUGUAUUUGCGAUCGGAGAUGAUACUUAGCGAUAGUAAGAAACUAGCAGCGGCGGAGGGUGGGAGAGAUGUAAACAACGGGAGAAGUGUGUCGGAGUUAACGAGUAUUGAGAGACGGAGGAGAUGGGGAGGAGAGCCUAGACAACGACAAGCCACGGCGGUGAUUUCGAGAUGGCUCGCUUGGUCCCAUAGGCCCUCCUCCUCCGCUUCCUGCAUUGUUUAGAAAAAAAAUCAUAUUUUUUGGCCCUUUGAAUUUUGUGAUAUAACAUUUUUCGCCGGUUUAGUUUUGUUUAAUAACAUUUUAGCCCAGAAUUAAUUUAUUCGAGAGAGACAAUGCAGCAGAUGGCACAGGUAGGAGUAUUUGUUUUAGGAGUUAAGUAAUAGAGAGAGAGAGAGAGAGAGAGAGAGAGAGAGAGAGAGAGAGAGAGAGAGAGAGAGAGAGAGAGAGAGAGAGAGAGAGAUGCACGAGUGCGAGGAAGCACAAAUCAUUUCUUUUUGUUUUUUAAUUUUUUGAGGAAUUUCUAAGGAAAGUGAAAGGUUUGAGUUUUUUUUUAAAAAUCUUUAUAUUAUUGAUGUCUUGGUGUAAUAAAGGGCGAGUUUUAGGGAUCU